UUGCGCAAAGGCCCUCCGGUAGGGCUGGGUGGUCACGCGGCCAUUGUCAGCAAACUCUAGUAGCCUCAGUCGGUCAACAUUAUUGCCAAAUAUCUGCAUACUCACAGUUCUGUACGAUAGAUAUAUUCAACUACAGACUGGGGGCGUGCCAAGCAGACACAGCAAUCUGACUUAACGGCAGAUAACAAAACAGCAAUAUCUGCCAUGGCUGCAAACAGAGGAGGUGCCCAGCGACCCAAUGGUGCCACUAUGGGCAAGAUAUGUCAGUUCAAGCUUGUGUUAUUAGGAGAAUCUGCUGUUGGUAAAUCAAGUUUGGUGUUACGGUUUGUCAAGGGUCAAUUUCAUGAAUACCAAGAAAGUACAAUUGGAGCUGCAUUUUUGACACAAACUGUCUGCCUGGAUGAUACAACUGUGAAAUUUGAGAUCUGGGACACCGCCGGCCAGGAGCGUUACCACAGUCUUGCCCCAAUGUACUACAGGGGAGCCCAGGCAGCCAUAGUGGUCUAUGAUAUUACAAAUCAAGAUACUUUUGCAAGAGCAAAGACAUGGGUAAAGGAACUUCAGAGGCAAGCUAGCCCAAAUAUAGUCAUUGCACUCUCCGGGAAUAAAGCUGAUUUGGCAAGUAAAAGAAUGGUGGAAUAUGAGGAUGCCCAGUCGUAUGCUGAGGACAAUGGAUUGUUGUUUAUGGAGACGUCUGCCAAGACAGCAAUGAAUGUAAAUGAUAUCUUCCUGGCAAUUGCAAAGAAAUUACCUAAAAGUGAUAACACUCCUGGAGGCCAGCAAUCAUCACAGAGAAACCAAGGAGUCAACUUGCGAGAAACCAGUCCUCAGCAUUCAGGGGGGUGCUGUAAAUGAACUCUGCUUCUUCUGUCUACCUCUAACACGUUUUUAAGCCAAUACAAGCACCCAACUGUUAAGGAAAGGUUUCGUACAGCAGAAUCACAUAAACUGAAACCACUGCUAGACAAACUUGUGCAUGUGUAAUUAGUUUACAAGAUAAUUCAAAUAAAAUGUCAGAAGCUGAGAUCAGUGUUUGAAAGCCUUGUAGUCCACCAAGGCAUUCAAAAGGUGCACAACUACUUACACUUGCUCAAUGUUUCCUAUAUUUGCAAAGCUAGAAGUAUGGGAAGUAACUAUUUGGUACACAAUACUCAAUAUGUACAAUAAAUCGCUUUAGAUAUGAUAUCAAUAGAUAAAUUGUGAUUGAAAUACUAGCAUGAACACGUAUGUAAUUCAUUCUACCAUAAGCAUGAAUUAGAAUACAACUAUCUCUUUCUGAGUGGUCUGGUAGGCCUCAUGAUUUAGUUUAGUUGCAAUCACCAUAACGAUUAAUUUCUGAUUUAAAUUUCACUAAUUUUCAGGCUAACACCUAAUCAUAUUCGAAAUACGAAAUUAAGUGUUGCAUCUUUGUUCCCCUGGUGAUUGAUUUAGUGUGUGGUUGGGGUACUGUAGCUGGGCAAGUGCUGGCUUUGCAAGCCAUUAAAAGGAAUGGGACGCAGAGAGUCUUAAGUUUAGUCAGCUGAUCAUGCAGUUACCCUGUCUCUGUGGACAUGCAAUGGAAUAAAUGUAUGACUGUGUGCACAGAACAAGCGAUACUGAUAGUGAAUAGAUUGUCAUACUUUUGUAAUGUUAAAUAAUCUAACCUUGAAAUAAAGAUAGGUUGCCAAGA